AUGACGAAUCUGGAAGUGAACACCUCAUCGUUUAACAUCACCUCUUAUUGUGUGGAAAUUCUAAGAAAGGGUCCACCGGAACCGGCUACUGUCUACUUCUCCGAGGACCUUCAGAUUAUCCUGUGUAGCGUCAUGAUUCUCAUCACGGUGGCCACGUUCCUCGACAACAGCGUGGUGGUCGCUUCCAUCAUCAUCCACAAGUCGCUGAGGACAAAGACAAAUGGAUUAGUCGUGUCCCUAGCGAUAGCGGAUCUGUGCAUCGCGCUGGGACCGAUGCCUCUGAGUAUAUUUCUCACGUGGAUUGACAAGGACUACAAAGUGGGGACCACCGUUUGUCUCAUCAUGGCCUCAUUGGACAACUAUCUGUGCUCCGUGUCCAUUCUGCAGUUGUCGUUCCUAGCUCUGGACAGAUACAUCUCCAUCACGAAACCCUUCCUGUACGAGAGGAUAGGGAAUCGGGCAAUCUUCUUGAUGGUUCUGGUGUGCUGGAUUUUCCCAAUUUUUCUGUCCUUUCUUCCCAUUCUGACCAAGUGGUACCGCGUGGACCUGGAGGAGUGGCACGCCUGCGUGAAGCCGUCUUCCCAUGCGAUGGGCCACUGUCCCUUCUUCGCCAACAAGACCUAUAGUCUGAUCGUCUUUGUCUUCUUCGUCGCGUCGCUCCUCGUCAUGCUGUUCUGUUAUUCCAUCAUCUUUAAAGUGGCCAGGAAGCAGGCCUCGCAGAUACGGAGUCUGACCGUCGUGGUGGACAAAAGGGCUGAGAAGCACCUGAAGCAGGAGCUGAAGGCCGCCAAAUCGAUCGGAAUCCUCGUCGUGACCUUCUCCGUGUGCUGGAUUCCGUCCGUGAUCGUCACGCUGGUCAAUCCUUUCAUCGGCUACACCGUCUCGGACGUCGUGUACGGCACGACGCUGUGGCUGGCGUACACCAACUCCAUGCUCAAUCCGCUCCUCUACUACCUGUCGCACAGGCCGUUCAAAAAAGCGGUCAGGAAAACUCUGCGUCUGUGGAAGGAGAAGAACAGUGUUUUAUUCAACAACAAUCAGGCCAUAGAGCCAGUUUCACAGAAUAAUUGUCAAGACACGCCAUUGUGA